AUUGAUAUCGGUCUUGAUUGAACUUGAACCGUCCGCACAUUUUCUUCCAUGGACUGGAUGCUUCCCGAUCGUUCAACAGUUCGUUAGUAAGCAAAGGGACACAGAUAACUGUGAUCAUGUUUCGUUCUUUACUACAAAAUGCCAAGGUGGUGAACUCACUGAGCCUUCAGCCUUGUCCAAACUGUCUGCAGCGAUUGAUGCCGACCUCCCUUAACUCUCAGCCAGUCAGGACAGCUGUGGUAAUGGAGAGGUUGAACCCGUUACCACUGCACAAGAGCACCAAACAAGCGCGUCUCAAGACACGUCACUUCAUCUACAAAGUUUCCAACAGCCGCAAGGACAAUUACUUAGUCAAAGCCAAGGCCAUCCUCAUUCAGAAUGUCAGACAUACCGGUAGAGCUGGAGAUGUAUUAUAUCUCAAUCAAUCUCUAUUUUACCACAAAUUGUUUCCUAUGGGGCAAGCGGUAUUUGCAACUGAAGCCAACCUGGAGCUCUAUGAUGAUCUGAUAAAGAAGCGAGGCCUGAACGCUAAGAAAGCUAAAGAAAAACAGCAGUUAGUUAUUAUUAGAGCAGAACAGACCGUAAAUGAUCUGACAGGGAUGCGUCUGCCCAUCGCCCUGAGUAAGGCUACCGACACCGAGCUGACGCCGACACACGUGAUGGUUGCUCUCUGGAAGGCGGGGAUAGAAGCGACGGAAAGUUCCAUCACAAUGCCAGAGGAACCAGUCACGGGGAAAGAGGAGUUCACACUUUCAUUGAGGAUCAAUGACGAGUACACAGCACCGUUUACUGGAGUCAUUUACCGAGUAUCCAAAGACAGUGACCAUCUCAUUCCCAGUGAGUUUGACGGAUUCCUCAAGCGAACGUCAGAAACGAAAAAAGGUGCUGAUGUAAAAACUGAUGAGAGUGCAGAUAAAUGUUGACAAUCAUAAGGAACGGGGCAGAAAUAUAUAUUGUGACGAGGAUUAUAGUGAAGAUUACAGUGAUCAUGAGAUGGAAGAAGUUUAUGAGUGUUGAAGUCAUGCUUGUGUAUUUAGUGAGAUCAAUAAAAGGACAUUUAAAGGAA